AGAUGGCGCAGUUUGGCGCGCUGGAGACGCGUAACGGAGGAUAAAACGGUGCAGGUUUGCGUCCAGAAUCGGGCUGUUUGCGCCAGAAUCGACAGUGUGCUGCUUGAAUCGAGCAGUCCGGACUUAAGAGCAGCAGAAACACGAGCGGCAGGUUUUUGUUCUCCGUGUUUUCCGGCUGAUCCGAGCCGCGCCGUGGAAGGCUGGAAGUCCUGAGCAGUGUGGUGGAGCUGCAGGCCUGAACAUGGUGAGGCUGGAGCUGGACCAGGUGGUGAUGAGGAGGAUGAAGGACGAAGACAUCGAGAUGGUCAAAGCUCUCAUCAAGGAGGGCUCUGAGGGAACAGAGAACCGCCUCAUCCUCCACAUCCUCACCCGUCCUCUCUGCCUCUUCAUCCUGGCCGUCUUCUCCUCCGUCCUGCGAUGCCUCGUCCACUCCUUCAUCCUGGCCCUGGCCAUCCCCGUCUUCCUGCUCAUCAUCUUCCUGAAGAUCACCAUGCCGAGGUCCACCGGGGUCCUGGGCAGCAGCCGGCCUUACUGGGACUACGUGGGCAGCAGCCACAGAGGAGGUCAGGACGAGACGCUGCAGAACCCCUACUGCAGGAUCAGCGGCAAAACCCCAGCUAACAAGAAGACGAGGCGCAGAAUCGGAUCCAGAGACAAGGAGAAGGAGGCGUCCACGGAGAAGAUCAGCCCAGAGAGGGAGCAGGCGGCCGGCCAGGUGUUUGUGGCCGACAGCGACGGGGAGAUCCUGGGAUGCAUCUUCAGGGAGGCCGACACCCGACCGGGCGUCAGCCGGAUCUGCAGGCUGGUGACGGGCUGCUGGUACCGGAGGGAGGGUCUGGGUCGGCUGCUGGUCCAGAGCCUGGAGCAGAGGGAUCGGGAGGCCGGAGCCCACCGGGUCUACGCCCACGUACCAUACCCAUCCAAGGUGGGCGAGGCCUUCUUCAGGAAGCUGGGCUACCAGCUGCUGGGGCAGGAAACCAGUGAAGAAGAAGAAGAUGAGCUGAAACUAGAGACUCCAGAGAGGGGCUUCCUGGGAUACCCCCUCACCAAGGUGUUCUACAAAGACUUGUGACUGAGUGAAGACAUGCAGGGGCUAUAGAAGUUAUUAACCCUGUGGAAGUUUGACCUUUUUAUUGCUGUUCAACACUGAAUCAUGGUCCAUUUAAUUUGGGUUUUUUGACAAGAAUUUACCAAUAAAGACUCUUUAGUGUCAGAGUGAGAACAGAUUUUUACAAGGUAAUGUCAACAAAGGCAUGUGGGAGACUCUGAAGUCAACUGGGAGAAGGUUCUUUGAUCUGUGCAGACCUAAAUGGAGCUUUUUGUCCAUCAGAGUAGAGGCUUUGUUGAGUGAAACUCAAAUACUGCACAUUAUUACAAACACACCAUACCCAGUGUGAAGCAUGGUGGUGGCAGCAUCAUGAUGUGAAGCACGGUGGUGGCGGCAUCAUGAUGUGAAGCAUGGUGGUGGCGGCAUCAUGAUGUGAAGCACGGUGGUGGCGGCAUCAUGAUGUGAAGCACGGUGGUGGCGGCAUCAUGAUGUGAAGCACGGUGGUGGCGGCAUCAUGAUGUGAAGCACGGUGGUGGCAGUAUCAUGAUAUGAAGCAUGGUGGUGGCAGCAUCAUGAUGUGAAGCAUGGUGGUGGCGGCAUCAUGAUGUGAAGCACGGUGGUGGCGGCAUCAUGAUGUGAAGCACGGUGGUGGCGGCAUCAUGAUGUGAAGCACGGUGGUGGCGGUAUCAUGAUGUGAAGCACGGUGGUGGCGGCAUCAUGAUGUGAAGCACGGUGGUGGCGGCAUCAUGAUGUGAAGCACGGUGGUGGCGGCAUCAUGAUGUGAAGCACGGUGGUGGCGGCAUCAUGAUGUGAAGCACGGUGGUGGCGGCAUCAUGAUGUGAAGCACGGUGGUGGCGGCAUCAUGAUGUGAAGCACGGUGGUGGCGGCAUCAUGAUGUGAAGCACGGUGGUGGCGGCAUCAUGAUGUGAAGCACGGUGGUGGCGGCAUCAUGAUGUGAAGCACGGUGGUGGCGGCAUCAUGAUGUGAAGCACGGUGGUGGCGGCAUCAUGACGUGAAGCACGGUGGUGGCGGCAUCAUGAUGUGAAGCACGGUGGUGGCGGCAUCAUGAUGUGAAGCACGGUGGUGGCGGCAUCAUGAUGUGAAGCACGGUGGUGGCGGCAUCAUGAUGUGAAACACGGUGGUGGCGGCAUCAUGAUGUGAAACAUGGUGGUGGCGGCAUCAUGAUUGAAACACGGUGGUGGCAGCAUCAUGAUGUGAAGCACGGUGGUGGCAGCAUCAUGAUGUGAAGCACGGUGGUGGCAGCAUCAUGAUGUGAAGCAUGGUGGUGGCGGCAUCAUGACGUGAAGCACGGUGGUGGCGGCAUCAUGAUGUGAAGCACGGUGGUGGCGGCAUCAUGAUGUGAAACAUGGUGGUGGCAGCAUCAUGGUGGUGAUAUAUCUACUAAAUACUGACUGGAAGGAACUGAAAACUUAUAGAAUCACUUAGUUUUUAUAUUUUUUGACAUUACUUUGAAGAAAUCAUGAAAGAGUCUUUUUUAUUAAUCAAAGAAAGAAUUAAUUCCACCAUGAUUCAGUGUAAAAAAACAAAAGAAAAUUGAAUAUUUUAAUGGGGCUAAAUACUUUUUAUGAGGGCAAAUGUGCUCUGUGGAGUUUUUUUUUUGCUAUUUAAGUUAAUUUAUGUGUUACUUAUUUAAGUAUUUAUUUGCUGUAUGUGUUGCUUUUCUGGUUUCUUUAUCAUGUUUUAAUUUAAAACAUUUGUCCAUUUUGAUAAAACAAAAGCGUGUUCAUUGUUUAAUAAAUGACGUUCUGAAGCCUCA